UUCCAAUUUGGAAAUAUGUUUAUAGAGAGGUUUAGGGUGGAGAGCGAGAGGGUGAGGUACGGGGACGACGCGAUCGAGUCGGUGUACGACUACGAGACCACGGAGCUGGUGCACGAGAACCGGGGCGGAUCCUACCAAUGGAUCGUGCGGCCCAAAACCGUCCGAUACCGGUUCAAGACCGACACACGUGUACCCAAGCUCGGGGUGAUGCUUGUGGGAUGGGGUGGGAAUAACGGUUCCACCUUAACAGCGGGAAUCAUUGCGAACCGAGAGGGAAUAUCAUGGGUGACCAAAGAUAAGGUGCAACAAGCCAACUAUUUUGGAUCCUUGACUCAAGCUUCCACCAUUAGGGUUGGGAGCUUCAAUGGAGAGGAAAUUUAUGCCCCUUUCAAGAGCCUCCUCCCCAUGGUUAAUCCGGAUGAUAUUAUAUUCGGGGGGUGGGACAUAAGCAGCAUGAACCUGGCCGACGCGAUGGCGCGCGCCAAGGUGCUGGACAUAGACCUGCAGAAGCAGCUCAGGCCCUACAUGGAGUCUAUGGUGCCCUUGCCCGGAAUCUACGAUCCGGAUUUCAUCGCCGCGAACCAAGGCUCGCGUGCCAACAACGUGAUCAAGGGCACCAGGAAGGAGCAGGUCGAUCAAGUCAUCAAGGACAUCAGGGAGUUCAAGGAGAAGAACAAGGUGGACAAGGUGGUGGUCCUGUGGACCGCGAACACCGAGAGGUACAGCAAUGUUAUCGUCGGAUUGAACGACACCACGGAGAAUCUUUUAGCUUCGCUGGAGAAGAACGAGUCCGAGAUUUCGCCCUCCACAUUGUAUGCAUUGGCAUGCGUCCUCGAGAAUGUGCCGUUCAUCAACGGAAGCCCGCAAAACACCUUUGUGCCUGGGUUGAUUGAUUUGGCUAUCAAGAGGAACAGUCUCAUCGGAGGCGACGACUUCAAGAGCGGGCAGACAAAGAUGAAGUCUGUUCUGGUGGAUUUCCUUGUAGGGGCUGGUAUUAAGCCCACCUCAAUUGUGAGCUACAACCAUUUGGGCAACAACGACGGCAUGAACCUCUCUGCGCCGCAAACCUUCCGCUCGAAGGAGAUCUCAAAGAGCAAUGUGGUGGACGACAUGGUCUCGAGCAACGGCAUCCUUUACGAGCCAGGAGAGCACCCUGACCAUGUCAUUGUGAUCAAAUAUGUGCCUUAUGUUGGGGACAGCAAAAGAGCUAUGGAUGAGUACACUUCAGAGAUAUUCAUGGGGGGGAAGAACACUAUAGUUCUCCACAACACUUGUGAGGACUCCCUUUUGGCUGCGCCAAUUAUACUUGAUUUGGUGCUUUUGGCUGAGCUUAGCACUAGGAUUCAGCUUAAAGCCGAGGGAGAGGAGAAGUUCCACUCCUUCCAUCCAGUGGCUGCUAUCUUAAGUUACCUCAGCAAGGCCCCCCUGGUCCCACCGGGCACGCCAGUGGUGAAUGCACUCGCGAAGCAGAGGGCCAUGCUCGAGAACAUAAUGAGGGCCUGCAUCGGACUCUCACCGGAGAACAACAUGAUCCUCGAGUACAAGUGAUAUCUGAAUCUGAACACGAGCCUGAAAAACAAGAAGGGUUCGAACUUCAAUCGGAUAGACGAGGGGGAUUACCUACUACUCUUUUUCUGUAGCGUGAAUUGGUGUUUUUGUUAUUGCUCUUUGCCUGUUGUUCUGCAUGUGUUAGUUGGUGGCAGUUGGGUGUUUAUUGUGUGGCUCUGCACUGAGUUGCUGAUGCCUUUCGAUAGAUCAUGCAAAUUCCCAUGUAUCUUCUUCUUCUUCUUUUUCUUCUUCUAGCUUCUAAUGAAAAGGUCUGAUCGCGCCUUAUUUAGUACUGCAAUGCAAGUAGAUGGCCUUUUUUGGUUCAAAUGUUU